UGGGUUAGGUUAAACGGAUCAAACAAGCGUUGAUUUGCAACGGCGACAGACAUACGGACGAAUGAGUAAAAGCGUUAACCGUCUUGGCUAAUUCGAAAAAUAAAACAAUUACACAAUAAACUAAACGUUUCUCUAAAUUUGUUCGCAUUCGUUAAGUACAUAUUCCCAUUUGAGUUGAUCGUUAUUUUAGAACUGUUUUCCGUUAAAAUGUUUCUCGAACCGCCAAAAGAAAUCCAAUUGGAGUUUAUCAAAAAAGAAAAUUUUUACCAUAACGCCGACAAAAUUGACGAAGACAUUGAUGUCUUAAUCGAUUGGUUGUCUAAACAACCGCAUCUGCCCAACGUUGCAGAUCGCGUAUGGCUAAAGCAUUUCCUGAUAGGAUGCAAAAACAACUUGCAAAGGACAAAGAAAGUGCUGGAAUCAUACUUCGUGGUCCGCGCUGACUUACCAGAACUUUUCGAUGAUCUCACUACCGACGCCGAAUGGGCCAAAAACGCGAUGAAAAUUGGAAAAAUAUCGCUAAUGCCUAAAAUGACGCCGGAAGCCAAUCGCGUGCACAUUCUUCGGACCAUCGAAAACAAUGACAGCGAGUUCAACGCCGUGGCCAUGUGCAAAGGAACGUUGAAGACAAUCGAUUAUCUGAUGAGACGAGAACCCAUCUAUGGCAUGGUGUUCAUUUUCGAUUUGCAACAUUGCCAGCUGUCGUAUCUGCUCAGUUUCACACCGUCGUUGACUAAGAAUCUUAUGCGUUGCAUACAUGAAGCUACUCCGUUAAGAGUGAAAGGAAUUCACUAUGUAAAUCCACCCAAGUUUGUCAGCCGUCUUGUGAGUUUCUUCAAAAUGUUUUUGCCGACUAAAAUUCAAAACAGGAUCUUGAUCCAUGAGAAUUUUGAAUCUCUCCACAAACACAUUCCCAAAGAUGUUUUGCCCAACGAAUACGGCGGUACGGCCGGAAGUAUUGAAAAGCUAGAAGAGGAGUUGUUCGAAAAUUUUAAAGAAGACGACGAAUCGUGGAAGAGCAGACCGCAGGCCGACCUGUCCAAACGUCCGGCCCAAGAAAAGAGCAGCGAAAUGGACAUGAGCGGAACGUUCAAAAAACUCAAUUUGGAUUAAUUAUCUUUUUUUUUGUCGAUUUCCGGUGUUCUAAACUUGUGUACUUUAAGAUUUAAUGUGAAAAAAAUUGCACGGUCGACGUGCGCUCGUAUUAGACGGCAUUUUUAGGAUAGAACAAAUCGUAAUAUUAUUCUGGACUGGUGAACUUAAUUUUUUUUUAUUUCUUACAAACGACCUACUAAAAAAAAAUGACAUCAAUUACCAUUGGCGGCUCCUUAGGAAAUUAAAUUUGUAUAAGCUUAAUUCUCGAUCAGAAUGAAAGCGUGCCGAACUGAGUUUGAUUGGAAGUUAAAUAUUGUUAUUAAUAUUAUUAUUAUUAUUAUUUAAGAACAUAAUUAUUGUAAUAUUAUGUAUUAUUAUGAACUGUGAAAAUUAUAAAUUAUAUAGAAUUUACCGAUA